AGCCAGGCAGACGCCACUGCGCAUGUCCGCGUGUGCACGGACGGAGAGAGAGACAGACCAUAGACAGAGAGAAAGAGAGCGCUGUAGCAAGGGGAAAACUGGCAAAGACAAAGGACCGAACAGUGUUUGGGCAAAAGCAGCGGAGAGUAGACUGAGUUUUCGGACCGGUUUAUGACAGCCCGGCUGCGACACCGCCGUCGGGAAGCGGCCAGGUGUUUUCAGGCACUGCUCAGCAUCAGAUCCCCUCUCUGGUGUGUUACAGUGGAAGUGACGCUUCAUGGUCAGCAGCCUGGGGAUGGAAAGAACUGCAAAGCUAUAGGCUGUGUGACUGGAUGGAAAGAGCUGUCAGCGGGCGCUCACAGAUGAUGGAGGAAGUGGAAAUGCAAAGACAGCAGUGGCAGUUUGAUUGAUGACACCGCUCCAGUGUUGUUGGAGGAGUGAUCUUUCAUUUGGGAGCAUCUGGAGUAUCUGCUUAAGAUUUCAAGUUCCGUUUUUUGUUUUGUUUUGUUUUUUUCACCCACGCCCUCCUGCUGACCUUUCGUCACAUCUCUCCUUUAAAGCGAAACAGCCAUAGGUCUUAUUCACCUUGCAACCCCCUCCUCUCGCGCAUCGAGAGCCACAAGCCUCCUCUCUUCUCUGAGAGGUUGCCAUGGAAGUGGUUGUCAUGAUGCUGAUGUAGCGUUCUGAAGGAAGUAGUUGUGGAGGUAGUGGUGGAGCCGAAGGAGGUGGUGCCGGCGGCGGCGGCGGUGGAGGUGGUGUUGAAGGGAUGGGGAGCGCUCCGUAUCCAGCCGGUGAGUGGAAGGGGAAGGGGCGAGGCGGCCUGCAAGAGCUGGGCUGCAUGCGCUGGAAGGUCAGCAAGCAGAAAGGUGGCGGUGGAGGAGGGGAGGUGGUGGCAGUGGGAGUGGAGGAAAGGAGGUCCAGGGAUCCCACGGACUCUCAGCAGCAGCAGCAGCAGCAGGAUCUCUCAUCCUCCUCUUCCUCCCUCACCCCCCCACUGCCUCCCCAAGCCUCUCUGACACCUCCGGCCAUUUAUCAUGAGAAGCAGCGGAGGGAGCUGUGCGCCCUGCACGCGCUCAAUAACGUCUUCCAGGACGGGACGGCCUUCAGUAGGGACACCCUGCAGGAGAUAUACCAGAGGCUUUCUCCCAGCACUCUGGUGACACCUCACAAGAAGAGCAUGCUGGGAAAUGGGAACUAUGAUGUAAAUGUCAUUAUGGCAGCCUUGCAGACCCGAGGGUUUGAGGCAGUUUGGUGGGAUAAAAGAAGGGAUGUAGGCAGCAUUGAGUUGUCCAACGUGACCGGCUUCAUUCUGAAUGUGCCAUCCAACCUGCGCUGGGGGCCUCUCCGGCUGCCGCUCAAACGCCAGCACUGGAUAGGAGUCAGAGAGGUGGGAGGGGUCUACUACAACUUGGACUCCAAGCUGCGUAGCCCGCAACCCAUCGGCAACCCGGAUGAGCUCAGGAAGUUUCUACGCCAGCAGCUGCGAGGGAAGAACUGUGAACUCCUAUUGGUCGUCUCAGAGGAAGUGGAGGCACACCAAACAUGGCGUUCUGAUGGCUAAGGGUUCCAGCAGCUGACCACAGCUCCACCAGGGCCAACGGGCCAAUCACAGAAUGAAGAGGAGAGGACGCAGACGCGUGCACAGCCAAUCACAUGGAUGCACACUUGCAGAUGUAUUUUUUCCCUUUUUUGGGUUUUGUUUACACAAACAUUGCUGGACUCAAUUAAGACGCAAAGCGAUGAAGGAGGCAAACACUUACAGGGAGAAUCAAUGAAUCACAGUCCUUUACUCACAACACAGUUAAGACUUAUAGAAAGUCACUCUUCUGUUUCAGCUAUUCCUGUGUUUUUAUAUAUAUGGACUAUUUUUCAGUGUCAGUUUUGAUCUGUUUAUUGUUUUUUUUUUCUUUUUACUGUUGAAGUUUCCAAAGUCAUGGGAGAUCAGGCGUAAUGAAAAAUGCUGUGUUGAUCUGCCGGUCUCCCUCAGUGAUCCUCCCUGCUUCAGUCAUGAUGUUCGAUGAUGUGUCUUCGUGUUCCUGUCCUUCCCUUCAUGUCGUGAAACUGUCUCUGUCCGUAUCCUCCAUCCUUCACUUUCACCAAAGCGUGCCCUUCCUUUGCCUCAGUGUCACUAGACCUAACUCCUCCUCCUGCUCCUCCCUGUCCCUUUUUUCAUAUCACAUGUCAAAAUCGGUGAUUUAUCACCUUGCCAAAUUCAUAUUUCAUCCACCUCCCAAACACUCCUGGCACAGUCUGAGCCUAUACUGUACAGAGCCUGUGCUGACACAACAGUUUUAUAUGCAACAAAGCAAUGCAACACCCAGGCAAGCACUCCCUCUAGUGGAGGUUUGCCUCAAUUUCCUUUCAAGGAAGAAGUAAAUGCUUCAUUCUUCCAGUUUGUUUUAAUUAUUCACAUUCAAAUGUAAUGGAGAGUUGUUGUAAUCAAGGAAAAAACGCAGUUGAAACGAUGAUCAUCUUUCACUAGAAUUUAACUGUAACAUGGUUUAAUGUUUAUGAAAAUAGAGUGAUAAGAAAACAUGUUUAAAUCAUAGAUACAAUCAAGCUUUCCCUAAAUCUAAGUGACAGAAAUAGAAAUUGGCCAUACUUUGUGCAAAGAAUACAGCAUGGCAGUUAACAUUUUGGCCGUGGAAAAAAGCCCUUCUACUCACAGACUCGUUCAGGAGCUUUUGACUGAGUCACUCGUUCCUUACCGGCAAAACAAGGACAAUUAAUUAGUUGCAUUAGAGGUAAUCUUUUAAAUGUUUAAACCACAUUCAUUUAUAAUAGUAAACUGAAUAUCUUUGGGUUUCGCACUGACAAUCAGACUAAAAUCGAGCAAUUUAGAUUGAAUUAAAUUUACAUUAAUUUUGUUAAAAUUUGAUGCAGAUUUUUUAAUUAUUAUUUUGCUGACCAAAUAAGGUAGAGAUUAUAAAGAUAACCUUGAGUUGCAGCCCUACAUUUCAGUAUAGAGUUGUGUGGCAACUGAGUAAACUUAAGCAGCUGAAGUCAAAAGCUCCAGAACAAGGGAGUAAGUGAUCUUCGAGCGAUAAUCAAUAUAAGAGAUCAUUUUUUUUUAUCGUUACUCAUCAAUAGAACCCACUUCUGCUUAAUUAGAGCCACAAUCAUUUCUUGCACAGUGGUCAAAUGACACCACACAGACAGAUGACAAAAUAAGGGAAGAUACUUAUGAUUCAUUGGUAGAUUUUUAUUUUUUUUUUCCCCCUUUGGCUCCACUCUGGUCCACAGGGUCACCCCUAUAGCAGCCCUCUGUAGCACAGGAGCUCAGCUGAUGCAGGGUUCCUCUUCUUCCUCUUCUUCUUCUUCCUCAACAUCUCUUGUCAAACCUGCCAAACAGCUCUGAGAGGAUGUCACAGCUUGUCCCACCACGUCAUAAACAGUCAGCAGUGGUCUCUAAUGUGCGAUGCUUCAGUCUUGUGGAGGGGUUUUGUGGGAAGUUGUCAGAUGGAGUGCAGUGUGCCUGAGUAGAGUAUAAUGUAGAAAAAGAAAAGAGAAAGUUGACAGGUUGUGAGCACGCGUCUAGUCAGAUGUGUGUUUGGUUGAUAAUUGUGAAAUGAGCCUUUUGAGAGAGUUUGUAGCUUUCAAAUCUAUUUGCGUAAGAGAAACUGUUAUACUGUACGUGUAUUGUCUGAGACAAUUGUCAACGACAAUAUUGGCCUUAACUUGUUUACAUAAAAAAAUAUUUGUUGCUCUAAAAGAUUAAGAGGGGCUGUGCAGUUUGACAUCAUUUCAGGAGAUUUAUUCCAAAGCAUCAAGUUAUCGUAAAAAUCUAGAGGGAAAACGGCUGAAGCUCAUCCAAUGUGAUGUUUUCACUUUUGCAGCCAAGGGCUCUAUGCUUUAUUUACGGUUAUUUGAAAUGGUAUGAUUUUAUAAAGACUAGAUCACAUGUUUUUCCAAUGGUUCAUGUCUUACUUUGGGAUGAUACUCUUUGAUUCCAGCCCAGUCCGUAGACCUUUAAUGUCAUAUCUAAGUGAACCUGAAUCAAACAUCAGAGAGCUUGUCAUUCAUUUUGCUGAGAUACCCAAUCACAUCGUGGCUAGCAUCUCACAGCUGCAUUCAACGUUUGAUUUUUUUGCCAUGACAAUCGUUCAGCCCUUAAACUGAUUGUCACUGUAUUUUGUUUUGUUUUUGUAUUUUUUUGCAUAGAAAUAAAAUGCUUAUAAUGGCACUUUAUGUAUAAGA